CUCAGUAUCCAGGCGUUCUGGGUUUGACAAUUAGCGAGCCAUUGGCAGUAUGUUUCGUCAAAGUAUCCGCCGGUUUGGCACUACGGCCCUCCGCGCUGCGGAGGCGUCAACAACUUCCUACAAUGUCCGGGUGUCCAAAGCCCAAGGCUUCACCAACGGCCUUACGGAAGCAAUUGGCAACACCCCCCUCAUCCGUCUGAAGAAGCUCUCCGAAGAAACCGGCUGCAACAUCCUCGGCAAAGCCGAGUUCCAGAACCCUGGCGGCAGCGUCAAGGACCGCGCAGCUCUCUUCGUCGUUGAGGAUGCGGAGAGGAAGGGCCUCCUGAAGCCCGGCGGUACGGUGGUGGAAGGCACGGCAGGAAACACCGGAAUCGGACUCGCCCACGUCUGCCGCUCCAAGGGCUACAAGCUGGUCAUCUACAUGCCGAACACCCAAUCGCAGGGCAAGAUCGACUUGUUGCGUCUCCUCGGUGCCGAAGUCUACCCCGUCCCCGCCGUCGCAUUCGACAACCCGCAGAACUACAACCACCAGGCUCGUCGGCACGCCGAGUCCCUGGACAACGCCGUCUGGACGAACCAGUUCGACAACACCGCCAACCGCCAGGCGCAUAUCGAGACGACUGGUCCGGAGAUCUGGGCGCAGACGAACGGUCAGAUUGACGCUUUCACUUGUGCUACGGGUACCGGUGGUACUUUGGCUGGUAUCACGCGCUACUUGAAGACUGUCAGUGAUGGAAAGGUUAAGAGUUUCCUUGCCGAUCCUCCGGGCAGUGUGCUGCACAGCUAUAUCCAGAGUGGCGGGAACUUGGUUGAGCGCACCGGUAGCAGUAUCACUGAGGGUAUUGGCCAGGGCCGUGUCACGGAUAACCUGCAGCCGGAUAUUGGUCUGCUGGACGGAUCGCUUAACAUCCCUGACGAGAAGUCGAUCGAGAUGGUCUACCGCUGCCUGGAUGAGGAGGGUCUGUACCUCGGUGCUAGCUCCGCGUUGAAUGUGGUGGCCGCGCAGGAAGUGGCGAAGAAGCUGGGCAGGGGUAACACGGUCGUUACUAUCUUGUGUGAUGGUGCCUACCGCUAUGCGGACCGCCUGUUCUCCAACACGUGGCUGCAGAGUAAGGGACUGCGUGGCGCGGUUCCGAAGCACUUGGAGCGCUAUGUUGUGCUUCCUUAGAUGUAAAUCAGAUAUCAACUUGUGAAUAGAUACGAUGUAUGCUAGAGCUAGUUCUCAGCCUGGUAGUAAUAGUACUACUUCAAUGGGACUCAUGAUAUUA